AUGGCCGACACACCACCACCACCGAUAACAUCGAAGGCCAAUGACGACCUGCCUCCCCUAAACAAUGUCCCGUCUGAACCCACGGCCCGCUCUACCGGUAUCUCCUUUGGGCCAGACUUGCGAGGAGACAUCGGACCUAGCCAGGCCGGCGGUAUUUACAACACCAGAAGCAUCACAAGGGCGUCUUUUGACAGACGAACCGCCGGUGACAUCUCUCAGGAGAAUGGUGGACCUUCCAACAGUAGCGAUGAUGUGGAAGAGGGGGAUGACUGGCGUGAUAAGCAUGGCAAAACGAAGCAGGUGUUUAAGGGUACUACACUGUUAUGGCUAGCAUACCAAUCCAUCGGUGUUAUCUACGGAGACAUUGGCACCAGUCCCCUGUAUGUCUACUCGUCGACAUUCCUCGAACCGCCUACUCAAGAAGACCUUCUGCAAGUGCUCUCAGUCAUCAUCUGGUCGUUGACCAUUAUGGUCACGGUCAAAUAUGUCUUUAUCAUCCUGCACGCGGACAAUGAGGGAGAAGGUGGCACUUUCAGUUGUUACUCACUCCUUACCAGAUUUGCAAACAUCACCUCGCGCGACCCUCGAGAAGAAGUGCUUGUGCGCAUGGAACGCCACUCGACAAUGGACAUGCGCAAACCGAACCGUACCAUUCGCGACCGGAUCGAACGAAGCAAGUUUACCCAUGGGCUCCUCAAGACGAUUGGAGUCUUGGCCGUAUCCAUGGUCAUUGCCGACGGUGUCCUUACACCCGCUCAAUCCGUCCUUGGCGCUGUCCAGGGGCUCAAGGUCGUGAAGCCAGACCUGUCAUCUUCGGCGAUUGUCGGUACCUCUUGUGGCAUCCUCAUUGUCUUGUUCCUGAUACAGCCGUUCGGAACCACCAAGCUCGCCUCGGCGUUUGCUCCCAUAGUCAUCAUUUGGUUGGGAUUCAACGGCGGUUUUGGCAUCUACAACCUCGUAAAAUACGACUGGGUGGUGCUCAAGGCCUUCAGUCCUUAUUUUGCCAUCCAAUUCUUCUCGCAGCACAAGACACACGGUUGGAGGAUGCUGGGCGGUAUCCUGUUAUCAUUUACGGGAGUGGAAGCAUUGUUUGCGGAUCUUGGUGCCUUCAGCCUUCGCGCUAUUCAGCUGAGCUGGAUGUGCUACGCCUACCCUUGCUUGUUGCUGGCGUACAUCGGUCAAGCGGCCUUCAUCAGUGUUCACCCCGAAGCCUAUGCCAACCCCUUCUUCAACUGUGUCCCCCCGGGCAUGCUCUACCCCUCCCUGGUGGUAGCCGUCCUGGCAGCCAUCGUCGCCAGCCAGGCCAUGAUCACAGCAACAUUUCAGCUCACCAGCCAAAUCAUGAAGCUCUCCUACUGCCCCCAAGUCAAGGUGGUGCACACCUCUCGCGUCUUCCACGGCCAGCUUUACGUCCCCUUCCUUAACUGGAUCCUCAUGAUCGGCGCUGUCCUCGUCACAGCCGUCUACAGCGACACCACCCGCCUCGGCAACGCCUACGGCGUCUGCGUCAUGUUCGUCACCUUCUUCGACACCUGCAUGGUCACGCUUGUGGCGCUGAUAGUCUGGAAACUGUCCCCCUUUUUGAUCUUCAUCCCAUGGCUCUUCUUCGCCACCAUGGACGGGCUGUAUCUUUCCUCGGCUCUCAACAAAGUCCCCGACGGGGCGUGGUUCACCAUCACCGUCUCUGGGAUCCUCACUGCCAUCUUCCUCCUCUGGAGAUUUGGCAAGGAGAACCAGUGGCGCGCCGAGGCGGAGGACCGCUUCAGGCCUACUGAACUUGUUGGUAAGGACCAGAAGGGACAUUUGUGCCUUACGCCCAAAUGGGGAGGUGAACCGUUGAGUGUCAUUAGAGGUUUGGGGAUCUACUUUGAUAAGACGGGUGUGAUGACUCCAGCUGUUUUCACACAUUUUGUCAGUAAAUUUGUUGCUGUACCUGAGGUGGCUGUCUUUUUCCAUCUUCAUCCGGUGGAGAUCCCGACUGUUUCCCCUGAGGAGAGGUAUCACGUCUCAAAGUUUGGGACUCUACCGGGGUGUUACCGGCUGGUGAUCAAGCACGGGUUCAUGGACGAGGUGAUCAGUCCUGAUUUGUCUGCGUUGAUAUACAAUCAGGUGAGGAAGGCGAUUAUCCGGCAGGCGAAGGAGCGGCUGGGACUUGGCCCGUCAAAGGAGGUGGGGGAUGAGGACGAGGACGAGGUCGGUGGGGAGAAGAAUGGGGAUAAUAAUACCACGAGUACCAGCACCAGGACUACUACUACCACGGGGUUGGCGGGUGGACCUCCUGGGCUGAACUCGAGGUCGAAUAGGCUGCCGGUGGAACUGAGGGAUCAUGAGGUUGCGGAUGAGCUGGCCAAGCUUGAUAAGGCUUUUGCGGCGAAGAUUAUGUAUAUUGUUGGCAAGGAGCAGAUGAGGGUGAGGAGGUCGAGCUCGAUUGGGAGGAGGAUUGUGCUGUCGAUUUUCUUGUGGAUUAGGGAGAAUACGAGGGCGAAGAUUGCGAAUUUGAGGUUGGCUAUGGAUAGGGUUGUUGAGGUUGGGUUUGUGAAGGAGAUAUGA